AUGGUUCAGGAUGUUUGCGAGUUUGGCAGUGUCCCGCUGCGCGCUCCCGUGCGGCUGUGUUGCUAUAAGGCGCUGUAUGGCGCAGUGGACAGCGAGAACAGCAGGGACAGCGAGAACAGCAGGGACAGCGAGAACGGCAGGGACAGCGGGAACAGCAGGGACAGCAGGGACAGAGGGACGGCGUGGAAAUGUCACCGGCUCACACACCGAGCUGUCCUCAACAUCUGGGGACACGACACACACUCCUACCUGCAGGGACUUCUCACUAACGACAUCCGGACACUGCAGCAGGAGGAUCAGGAGGAGGAGAGGAGAGACACUGGCAUCUACACACACCUGCUCAACGUGCAGGGGAGAACCCUGUAUGACGUCAUCGCCUACAGCUCAAAGGAAAACAGUGAUGGGACAAACAGCGUCCUCCUGGAGUGUGACAGCUCCAUGCUGAACUCCAUCACACGCCACCUGAAGAUGUAUACGAUCAGGCGUAAGGUGCAGGUGGAGGCCUGUCCAGAUCUUCUGCUGUGGGCUCUACUGGGAGUGAACACACACUGCACACACACUGCUGAGGAACCUGAACCUGAGCUGAGGAACCGAGAUGGGGUGGUGCUAAUGGCCCAGGAUCCCAGAACCUCUCUGAUGGGGUGGAGACUGAUCACCAGGAGCCAGGAGAAUCCUCCAGAAAUCAUCACAGCCUGUAGCCAUGGCAACACUGACGAGUAUCAACACCAUCGCUACAAAACUGGUGUUCCAGAGGGUGUGCAGGACCUCCCCCCAGGUGAAGCUCUGCCUCUGGAGUCCAACCUUGUGUUCCUGAACGGGAUCAGCUUCUCUAAAGGCUGCUACAUUGGGCAGGAACUCACGGCUCGUACCCACCACACGGGUGUGGUCCGAAAGCGCCUUAUGCCCCUCAGACUCUCAGUACCUGUGAAAAACCUGCAGCUGGGGGGCACCAUUGAGUCGGCUCAGGGCAAAGUGGCGGGGAAACUGAGGUCUGGGGUAGGGGAGCUCGGGCUGGGCCUCGUACGCUUGAGUUACGCCAAAGAGACGCUUACGGUGUCGUCCACUCAGGGGGACAAGGUGUCCCUUGUGGCAUCAGUGCCAGAUUGGUGGCCCCAGGACAUGAAGGACAAACUAUAAACAUAAAUAAUACUUACACUAAUAACUACUGCAGAAUGAAGGGAUUCUAUUAUUAAUCUAAACCUUUUUAUAAUAUUUAUUUACUAUUCUUCAUGGACAUAGAUUGAGGCUGCGGAUUAGACUCUGAUACAGACCCGAAUAAAGAUCUGAAUAUGUUUAGAACCAUAAUCUGAUUUAAAAGAGGGUUUGGUUUUAUGACCUUACUCUGGUUUACGACUCAGGUUUGGGAUUGAAAACAGGUCUAGAACUGGAUUAUAUUUGCUUUAGGACUGGACAUGGUUUUAGGAUUGGACACAGGUCUAGAAUUGGUCUUAGGACUGAACCUGGGUUUAGGCUUAGAUCAGGCUUUGAAACUUAACACAGGUUUAGAACCACACUUAGGCUUAGGAAUGGACCUGGGUUUAGGACUGGACUGGGUGUUUGAUAGGGGUUUUGGACUUAACACAAAUUUAGAACAACACUUGGGUUUAGAACUGUACCUGGGUUUAGGAAUGGACAUGGGUUUAAAACCAACCUUGGAUUUGGAACUGGGCCUCAAUGUAGGACUGGACCUGGGAUCUGGGUUUUAGACUUAACACGUUUAAACCAUUCUUUGGUUUAGAACUGACUGGAACUGUCUGGUCUUAGAAUCAGACUUGGGUUUAGGACUGGACCUGUGUGUAAGACUGGAUCAGAGAUUUUGGUGUGAACACAAGUUUAGUGGGUGUGGAUGUAGGCAUGAACUCAGGAUGGUGGCAUCAACAAUGGAGGAGAAGUUCAGGAUCUCAGGUUUAGAACUGGACUAGUCCAGGACCAGACUCAGGGUUUCAGAAACACAUCCUCACAUUAGCCAUGUAUUUAAAACGUGCUCUUAUAAAAUCUGUUCUGAAUCUCGAGUCCAGUUUGGCUGAUGUUCUGAUGUUUAUUCUGUUUAUUUAAAAUAAAAUAAAACACUGGGAUUGGUUAUGAUGA